AUGUCGGCGACCAGCGGCCGGCACCGUCUCGACGGCCGGGCCAGCCGCUACCGGGAGAAGACGCGUCUGCCGGUGACGACGGUGCUGGGUCUGGCUGGCGGCGAGGCUGCGCUGCCCUGCAACAUGACGCACCCGGCCGGAGACACGGUGCUCAUCGUGCUGUGGUACAGGAACGGCUCUGACGCGCCGGUGUUCAGGCGGCGGGCGCUCGCGGCGCGACGGAACCGCUCUCGGCUCGACAAAUCGUCAGGCUUUAUCGUGCGAGCGUCGGUCGGCGGAAGCGGCCGCGCCCGGGGCCACGAGCCGACCGGUCCUGAGACAAUCGACCCGUGGCCCCGGGCCGAGGCUGGCCGCCGACUGUCCAAGAGCUGGUGGCCAUCGCUCGCCAUGUCGCAGUGCGUGCCGGUGACGACGGUGCUGGGUCUGGCUGGCGGCGAGGCUGCGCUGCCCUGCAACAUGACGCACCCGGCCGGAGACACGGUGCUCAUCGUGCUGUGGUACAGAAACGGCUCUGACGCGCCGGUGUUCAGCUACGACCUGCGCAACGCCAUGGAGGACGACCGUCGGUGGUACAACUCGUCAGUGUUCGGAACGCGCGUGGACUUCGUGCCGGGUCGACGGCCUGCCGUGUUGACGCUGCGCCACAUCGGCCGCCGGGAUCAGGGCCUGUACAAGUGCCGGGUGGACUUCCAGCACUCGCGCACCCGUAACGCGCUGGUCAACCUGACUGUCAUAGUUCCUCCGGAGAGCGCAGUGAUUCUGGACUCGCACGGCGCCGUGCUCGACACCGUAGUCGGCGCGUUCAGGGAGGGCGAGAAGCUGCAACUCACCUGUCGAGCUCGAGGAGGCUCCCCGCGGCCCAGCGUGAUAUGGCGCUCGAGUGACGGCGUACUGCCGGCGCGGUCCCAGCCGGAGGGUCAGGACACGGUCAGCCAGUACACGGUGCCGUCCCUGGGUAGAAGUGACCUGCACCGCAUGCUGACCUGCCUGGCCACCAACACCAACCUGACGGCGCCCGUUACCAGCUCCGUCAUGAUCGACAUGAACUUCGCGCCGCUGAGCGUCUCGAUCCUGGGCAAGGGCGAGCCGUUCUCGGCAGGCCGCCAGUACCAGCUGGUGUGCCGGUGUGUCGGGUCACGACCCCCGGCCCUCCUGACCUGGUAUCUGGGCAGCGCCCGCCUGGCCGCCACCCCCGCUACGACAACGUCGCACCAAGGGAACGUGACGUUGACGACGCUGCAGUUCACGCCGCGGCCCGAGGACGACCAGAAGAGCCUGUUCUGCCGCUGUCAGAACCCCAAGGUUGACUCGGCCACGCUCGAGGACUCGUGGCGGAUCGCCGUCCACUACUUGCCGCGCGUCAGCGUGACCUUGGGUAACUCGCUCGACCCGUCCAGAAUCAAGGAGGGCGACGGAGUUUACUUCGAGUGCAGUAUCAAGUCCAAUCCCCCCAUUUAUAAGAAGGAAUGGAGGCACAAUAGGGAGUGUCUGAAGGAAGCUGCUGACUGGCCUCUGCCGCCGUGCCGCUCCGCGCGGUCCGAUGUCAUCACCCUGUCGCCGCAGAACCGCGUGCUGGAGCACAGCGUCCGUGACGGCAUCAUCAUCAGCAACUACAGUCUGGUGCUGCAGGACGUCCGUCGCUCCAGUUCCGGCGUCUACAUGUGCAUCGGCUUCAACGUGGAGGGCGACGCCGAAAGCAACCCCAUCUUUCUCGACGUCAAGUUCGCCCCAGUCUGCCGUCCCGAGCUGCCUCACAUUUACGGCGUCUCCAAGAAGGAGCAGGUGAACAUCCUGUGCGACGUGGACUCCAAUCCAUCGCGCCUGCACUUCCUGUGGACUUUCAACAACACGUCCGAGAUGACGGAGCUGGACAGCAGGCUGGUCAACAGCAGCGAGACGCGCAGCAUGCUCACCUACCAGCCGAAGACUGAGAUGGACUACGGCACCAUCUUCUGCUGGGCCACCAACGACAUCGGCAGGAUGGCCCGGCCCUGCGUCUUCCACGUCAUAGCUGCCGGCCCCCCGGACCCACUGUACAACUGCUCCAUACAUAACCGGACUGCGAUGGAUAUGUCGGUCCAUUGUAUGGAGGCUUUCGAUGGAGGUCUGAUUCAGUCAUUCAUGCUCAACGUGUUUGCCGUCGAGGACGACCAUGUGGUGUACAACAAUACUUCGAUGAAGCCGCAGUGGCACGUGCAGGGCCUGAUCCCUGGCCAGCGGUACAGGAUCCACGCCGUGGCGCUGAACGCCAAGGGCAGGAGCGCUGCUGUCAUCCUACCGGCCGACACCGUCACUGGCCCCGAGAAACAGCAGGAAAACAAACAAGACAUCACGAUCGCCGAGAUGCUGCCGGAGCCGCGGCGGGCCCAGCGGUGCAGGGUGCCCACCGUCCCGUCCCCGGCCAAGCCCACCGCCGAUGAUCAGGAUGACGACGAGAAGGGGCCGGACGUGGUGCCCGAGGACGGCGAUGGCUCUUACGGCGUGUACCGCAUACCAGGUAAUAUCCCGGCGCUGCCGGCCCGCGCGCAGGAGCCAGCCGUGCCCAGCUUCAGUGGCAGCAGGAACGGUGACAUGCCGCUGAAGGCCUUCAAUCACAUCGUGCCGCCGGACCAGGUCAGAGUCGCCGCCGGCUGA